UUAUAGAUAAGAAGUAUAAUUAUAAUUAAAAACUGAUAAGGAAACUACUAUAAAACCCGAAGAGUGCAUUAAAAGAAUUGCAGUCACUUGCUAAGAUUUGCAAAAUGUCAUUUCCUCGGAUCAUAUUUUUCCUAGUGAUGCUGGCAUUUGCCAGGAGUGAUCCUGUGGAACGGAAUACAGUAGCUAUAUGCCAGUUUUUCCAACACGUUCGAGCGUUUCAAGCAGACUGGUGGGAGGACUCAGUUAUCCUGAUGAAGAGAAUGUUGGAGGAAAUGGUCACUGCCCUAGUGCCCUAUCCCGAAUAUGCAGAUUACAGGAAAUCCAUGCUGGACUAUCUCGAGCAUGGAAAGACCAUAGUUACGUCCAGUCGUUUGGAAGAUAAGAUGGCAUUUGUUCAAGGAUUCAAUGAACACGGUGAACAGCCAAUUCUAGUCGGAUCACCCUCCAAGAGGCAGGCGCUCACCAGACCUCUAAAUCACUUCCAAUCGAACAUGAUUUCCAAAGUGUUCACUGAGUUCCAUAAAAAGCUGAUCAAAGCUGCUGGCGACAUGGAGCGAGUAGUACGAUUCCCGGAUAACUCUGCUAGGGGGGAACUGUUUAGGCUUCUCGAGCAAUAUCGGGCCAGUGGUAUGGGAAGUAUGACUGAAGAGAUAGCUUCUCGUAUCCUGGCGCUCAAGGAUAAAUACCAAUGUGCCUAAAUAAUUUCUCUAUAAUAAAUUGAUUAUGUUUGGAA